AUGAGCGAUCUCAGUACUAAACUCAAUGCACUCAAAGAAUGUUAUAACAACCAGUUGAUCACCUAUGAAGUUUACUGCCAAUAUCAAGAAGAAAUAAUGAGUAAUUGGGCUAAAUCUAACUUGUCAACUACAAUAGUAGAAGAUAAGUCUAAUGAGAAAUCAUUUUGGAAGAGAAUGUUUGAAGCUGCAAGUCAGUGCCUCAAAUUUGUUGUCUGUGAACUCAUUGGCCCCAUUCUCAAGCAUGUGGUUAUUGCUCUUAUUGACAAUAAA